CUGGAAACAAUUUUCAAAUGACAGAAACCGCCUCAAAGAAAAUCAGACAGAAGGACAUUACAUAAUUAAGUUUGUCUCCCAUAUCUUUACCAUGCUAUUCGAAGAUCAGUUAUUUUUGGAAUGUAGGUGGGGUGAAUCAACCUUGCAAUGCUCUGCUGAUCAGCUGAACCAAUCAUUAAGAGACGAUGAUCGACGAUGUACCGGAAAUAAAAUUGAUGCAAUUAUAUCAAUGGUGGAUUUUGAUUUGGAGAUGUCAACUUUGGAAGUUUCAGGAUCUCCAUCAUGUCCUGACCAUACCCACUAUGUUGGGGAUAGAAAUAAAACCGCCAAGAUGCUAAAGAUCAUCCUGAACUUUAUUAAAGUCAACUAUCCAGGCGAUUUCGGAGAGUUUAGAAGAAUAAAAGUAUACGGCGUUCAAAUAUAUGACCAUGACAUUUAUCUUUAUAGCAUGUGUAUGCCCUUUGCUGGUGUAUAUUAUUUCAAACUCGAAAAAAAGUUCUCUUAUCCAACAAUGCCUACUUUGCUCUUCAAACAGUUACCAAAGUUCGCCUCAAACUUGUGGACGAUGCGGGAUAUGAUUAUUUCGAGUGCUAAGAGUAUGAUGUCUUAUAUUACAAAUCCUAUUUCCGAAUCAAGUGAUGAUGAUUCUAAGAUCGAUAAAGUGAAAACUUCUCCUAGAAAAAAGAAGAAUAAUUAG